AUGAAAUUCCAAGACAUCAUUUACGCAGCAGCCGCUCGCUUUAUACCAAUUUCUGAGGAAAAUGCUGCUUCAAUACGUAAUUAUUUAAAACCCUCAUCUGGCCUACCCAUGGCAGAUUCGGAAAGUACACUAUCGAAUAUCACAUCCAUACAAUCCCAGUUACAAUCCUUAUAUGAAACAUGUCCAGAACCCAUGAAAAUCUAUCAAAGUCUUCAAAAUACUGCAACCAGUGAUAAAGUAUCAAAUUUACAAAAAGCUUUAGACAAGCAUACGCAUCUUUUGCAAGACCUACAGCAGCAGCAAAGAUCCAUUGCCGCCACCAUCAACUUAUCGCAACCGGCUACAUAUGUUGUCUCAUCUGGCGGCGGCGGCGGUGGUGGUGGUGUGGUAGCAACGGGCUCGGGAAAAACUGCUACCAUAUUGGUUUCAAAAUCGAAAACCAAAACCGGUUUACCUUUGCUACUCAAAAAUUCCAUUAAUAAUUAG